UGACGCACUUUGUAAAUUUGUAAACUUGUUGUGGGUGGGUACAAGAGUGCAAUAAAUAGGCUUCACUCAGACCUGAGGGCGAUUGAUUAGGCAGUCAAGACAUCCCUCGACAAAGAUGUUAACAAUGCUGGCUCGGAUUUGUCUGGUAUUCUGUUUGGCAGCUCUGGCAACAGCAGCUGUCAUUCCUGAUGGCUCAAAAGUGCCUGACUGUUCGAUAUACCACCUGCCCAUCUGCACCCGAGAGUAUAACCCUGUGUGUGGUACUGAUGGGGUUACAUACCCCAACGAAUGCUCACUGUGUCUGGAAAAUAUGGAGUUAAAGGUCAACACGCUGAUCUCCAGACAGGGUGAAUGCUGAGACCCAAAUACGCCUAUUUUUGUUUGGAAUGUGAAAAGGCUGUGGUUGAAUUGCAUCUUUAUUUUUAACCAAAUUAAGUUUUAACCCCAAGAUGAAGUGUUUGGUUCCUUUUAUUGUAUAUCCAUUCAGUUUUAAUAGAACAAAUGCGUAAAUAAAACCUGAUAUAACUA